AUGGCGAUCUCCACCUCUCAUCUCUUCGUCUUCCUUUCCAUUGCGGCCAUUUUCGCCCCUUCCGCUUUGGCCACCAAUUACACCGUCGGAGAUGAUGCUGGUUGGAAGGUUGGUGUCAAUUACACCGAGUGGGCUCAGAACAAAACAUUCUACGUCGGCGAUAAUCUUAUUUUCAAAUACCCAGCGAAGGAUGACAACGUAUAUGACGUUACCGGCGGCCAGUUCCACAAUUGCACAAUACCAACUGACAAAAAUGCAACGAACACUGGACACGACGUCGUUUCACUGACUCAGCCUGGAAGAAAAUGGUUCAUCAGUGGAAAAGAGGGCCACUGUGCAAAAAAUCAGAAGCUCGUCAUUACGGUCAUGGCUAUGGCUCCAGCCAGUUCCCCACUUCCCGGCGGAUCCAGCUCAUCUCCACCGCCUCCGCCGCCGCCACCACCGGCAUCGGGAGCCACGAGAGCGGUUAUUUCCGGAAAAUUUGGGUUGGUCGCCAUGGUGGUUGGCAUCCUUGGUCUGAUGAUCGCUUAGAAUUGACCGGGGGGAUUUCAGUUUGACUGAUCUAUUUUAUUAUUUUGCAAUUGACUGUUUGAUAA